UUGAAGAACGUUUGAGGUGCACUGCACUCGCACACACAGCAAAACAAAAAAUGGAUUUCACGGAGAAGGACCUUUUCGGUGAAGAUUCCGACAACGAAAAAGAUGGGACCCACUCCUCCUCCGCCGCAUCUUCUUCCUCCUCCGGCGGCUCCUCCUCCUCUUCCGGCUCCUCUUCUGCUGCCUCUUCCUCCAACGCCGAAUCAUCCUCCGCCACCAGCAGCGCUGGUGCUGCUCCCGCCGCCGCCGACGAUGAUGAAGAGAAUGGCGAUGUCGUAGAUAGCACCACCCACCAUCACAAUCACAAUCACGACGAUCACGAAGACAAAGAUCUGUUCACCUCCGACGAUGAAGAUUUCAGCAAAACCCUCGAUAAAAGCUCUUUGCUCGUUCCUGUGUUGCCUGUUGCCACCCGAAACACGAAUAAUCCAGGUAGAGGGGGAUUUGGCCGUGGUCGUUGGCAGCCUGGGCACCAAAAUGAUAGAGGAGCCGGUAUUCUCCCGCGUCCUGGACCGUAUCCUCAGAGGCAGAAUUUUGGGUACGGUAAUAGGUUUCAGAAUGGCCGCCAUGAUGAACGAUUUGUCUCCGAGUUGAAGCUUACAAAGAGUGAAGAAACUCUUUCUAGAAAGUGCAUUGCUUUUCAGGAGCCUUGUGAAAUUGGUUGCUAUAGUCGUGUAGAAGGCGGAGAAGUAUAUUUCGACGAUCGUAGCUUGAGGCUUUUUAAGCGCCAUAUCACUGAAGAUAUCGGAGCUGAUCUUAAUGAAGGCUAUGAUACAUUCAUUCCCAAGAAAGACUUAGGCUCGGAGGGCUUUGGAGAUCUUCUUGGCUGCAUUAGAGACAGAAAUAUCCCGCUUCAAAACAUUCAUUUUGUGACAUUCCGUAACAAUCUUAACAAGAUACUGGCUACAGCUUACAUACGUCAUGAACCUUGGGAAAUGGGAGUGCACAAAAGGAAUGGUGUUGUCUAUCUCGAUGUACAUAAGCUACCAGAAAGACCGCAAAGUGAUUUAGAUCGCAGGAGAUGUUAUACGGGAUAUUGUUUCGAGAGCCUUGCCACUGAAGAUCCUACAAGAGCAGAUGGAGAGGGGAUACAUCAUGUCGAUGCCAAUGUUGAAUUCUGUUCUGUGAUUAAGACAAAAUUAGGGGCCCAUCGUAUCUUGAUGGGUGCUGAGAUGGAUUGCUGUGAUUCGACUAAUGAUGGGAAGAGAUUUUAUGUGGAGUUGAAGUCAAGUUUUGAGUUGAAUUACCAUACCGAGGAAAAAUUUGAGAGAGAGAAACUGCUAAAGUUUUGGAUUCAAUCAUUCCUGGCAGGUGUUCCAUUUAUUGUCAUAGGAUUUAGGGAUGAUAAAGGUCGUCUUGUUCGGACAGAGAGACUUAGAACCAAGGAUAUAACACAGAGAGUAAAACUGAAGAACUACUGGCAGGGAGGAGUCUGCUUGGCAUUUGCCGACGAGGUAUUAUGCUGGCUUUAUGGAACAGUCAAAGAAAACGAAGAUUACAUUUUGCAGUAUGCUCCACCUUCCAACCGAUUGGAGCUACUGCAAGCCCAGUCUUGCCCAGAUGUAAUUACAAGUCAUUUGGAGCUACUGCAACCCCCAUCUUGACCAAAAAAAAGGAGCUAUUGUGAAAAUUGGAAUACCUUGACAGUUAUUUAAACAAUUCAAUAUAGCUAAAAAGGGGGAAUGAACUCUGGAUUUUCCCCUGUAACUUUGAUCAGUUCAUGAACUUUUGGUAUAGGGAUACCCUAUGUGAGUGCUGAAAGUUGCAUUCACAUCUUAAUAGAAAUCUGCAGAAGUUUUUAGUUGGAA